AUGCUGGAUCGCCCAGUCAAACCAGACAAAGCCCAGGAUGUAGUCAUUGAAGAAAGAGGCUUGAAAGAGCGACGGCUCGUGCGCAGGAUUGACAUUCGGAUGAUGCCUCUCAUGAUGCUGCUCUAUAACAACGCCACAUUCGCUAAAGGAAACUACACUGACUGUUAUCAGAUUGCGACGGCCCGCCUGGGAAACUUCGAAAAGGAUAUCGGUUUAGUUGGAACCCAGUACAAUGCCAUCAUCAGCGUCUUCUUCGUCGGAUACAUCCUCACACAGGUUCCCACAAACAUGAUCCUCAACAAGAUGAGACCCAGUGUCUUUCUUCCGGUGGUCAUGUGCUGCUGGGCAGUUGUUAGUGCUUCCACUGGUGUAGUGCAGAACUACAAGGGGGCUGUUGUUCUCCGAUUCUUGCUGGGAUUUGUCGAGGCACCAUUCUUCCCUGGCGCCUUGUACCUCUUCAGUUCUUGGUACACGAAGAAGGAGCUGGCAGUCCGGAUCUCAGUUCUGUAUGCCGCGGGACAGAUGGCAGGGGCCUUCGGUGGCCUUCUAGGUAGCGCGAUCAUGGGAGGCAUGGAUGGAAAGCUAGGCCUCGCCGAUUGGCGGUGGCUUUUUAUCAUUGAGGGAACAAUCCCAAUCCCGGUUGCCAUCGUAACAUAUCUCACACUUCCGGACUACCCAGCGACCACUAAAUGGCUCACGGACGAGGAGAGAAAGCUUGCUAUCCUUCGAAUAACUGAAGAAGCAGUGGAAGAGGAUAACAGAGAAGAAGCAUCAGCGUUGCAGGGGCUGAAACUGACAUUCACGGAUCCAGCACUCUACAUAAUAUGGCUCAUGCAGCUUGGACUGAACACCGCUGCCGCGUUUACUAAUUUCUUUCCCACCAUUGUGGCAACACUCGGAUACAAUCAACGAAACACACUGCUUCUUUCUGCUCCGCCCUACGUCUUCGCUGCAAUUUUGGGCAUCACAAACUCUUGGCACAGCGACAAGCAUCGUGAGCGAUGGCUCCAUAUCGUGUGGCCCCAGGUCUUCUGCAGUGUUGGCUUCAUCAUCUCGGCAACUACUCUUAACGUCGCAGCCCGAUACACGGCGACAUUCAUGAUGAUGAGCGUAUACGGUUCAUUUGGAUGUAUCUUGUCAUGGGUCUCGACAACACUACCUCGGCCUGCAACUAAACGAGCUGUAUCAUACGCUGUUGUCAACGCCGGAUCGAAUCUGGCUUCAAUCUAUGCAAGCUAUUUCUACCCAAAGUCGCAUGGACCACAGUACUGGCAGGCAAAUAUCAUCAACGUAGCUUUUUCUGGAAUGUACAUUCUUCUGGCUACUUCAUUACACUUCUACCUUCGCUGGCGAAACCGUAAGCUCCACCUUGCCGGAGACGAGGAUCAUCAAAAUGGAGGUACACGCUUGGGACCACGAUCCACAAUGCUGGGUGAGAAAUGGCAGUGCCACCCUGCCUAUCAAUAUACCUUGUAGUAGUGGCUCAUAAUUCAGGGGUUUAUGGCUGGAUGGUAAGCCAAAUGUCAGUUGGGAACAUGAACUUUCACGUCAACUCGGGCAUGGAGCGAGGCUAAAAGAUUUGGGGAGAAUAAUGUAGAGCUUAGGCGAUGCUGAAAAAGGG